AACAUUCACUCUGUUGUAUCUUGUGAAAAGCAAAUCCAACAUAUUCUAUUCUGAUCAUCUCUCUCUUUUUUUCCCUCAAAAAUCUAAUUCUCCUUGUCUAAUGAAUUGCUUUUCCGUGCACUUUCACUUGCAUCUUCUGUUUCCCACACUCAGCAGAUCAGCAUACGAUUCUUCUUACGACGAGGGUGAUUGGUUCCUUCAAAAGUGCUUGUCUUGUGGCUCGUCAAAAUGGCAAAAAUUCGCAUCGAGGUUUGCGUGAUCUCCGCUCGCGGCCUCCAUCGAUCAUCAUCUUUCUUGAAGCCCCAGUGGUUUGCUGUCGGGUGGAUCGAUCCCAACAACAAGUACUGCACGAAGAUAGACAACUCUGGGAGCUCGAACCCAACAUGGGAAACCAAAUUCUCAGUAUCCAUUGAUGACACAAACUCCAACCUGCAAGGCCUGUCAUUGACCAUAGAAGUGUACAGAAGAGAACCGAUAUUCCUAAGGGAAAGUUUACAAGGAGCUGCAGUUGUGCAGCUCAGGGAAUUUCUGGCCAAGUUCUAUAAGCAUGCAGAGCCAUCAAGAUCAGGUAUUGAGGAGACUGGAAGUUUCCAACUAAGGAAGCGGAAUUCCGGGAAGCCACGAGGAUUUGUUGACAUCUCUGUUCGCAUCAUGGAGGAAAGGGAGGUCGUAGCUUCUCACCCAGGUCUGGUUGAAGGAUCCAGGCACUCAGAUCAUACGAAUGGAAUCAGACUGGCCAUAGAAGAUGGCCCUGUGAUAGGUUUUCCAACCCAACCUGAGCAACCUCCCCCUGGCCAGUUUGGAGGUUACAGCCAAAACAGCUAUCCUUACGGCCAUCCAAUCCCACCCCCUGUGAACCACCCAUACCCAUCAGAAUCAGGAACAGGGUACCACCGGCCUCCAGCUCCACCACCACCUCCACCUCCACCGCCCUCGAAUGCCGGCUUCCUGCCACCAUUAUUCCCGGGAACAAGCCGCAUGCCGGAGAACUAUGUGAAUCUCCCACCUUCAGGGCCUCCAGGGCACAGCAGUGGACCAGGCUUUGGGAUGGGGAUUGGUGCAGGGGCUUUGGCUGCUGGGGCUGCGAUAUUUGGUGAUGACUUCAUGUCGAGCACGAAUAUUCCAGCAGACUUCGAAAGCGGCAGCCUCAUUGUUUCUACAGAUCCUCCCUUCUAAGUUCUAAUCUUUAAGGAUGUUGUCUCAGUAAAGUCUGAUUCUGUUGUUUCUUCCUGUAUCUUGUAGUCUGAGACUGUGCAUAAUCACCUGUCAACAAGAUUUCAGCUCCAGCUAGUCUCUAUAAUUAAUGAAAAAUUUCUGUUCUUAUA